CGGCGGUUCGCUACUCGGGCUUGCUGCUCGGUGGCGUUUGAGAGCCCGGAGCGGCGCGCUGUGUGCUUCGUGGCCUCGAAGUGUCUGAUCUGGCCGGUGGAGUUCGGAGAUUAUCCAAAGGCGCGUUAAAGAUGAACAUGCAACCGGCUUCGCGCGCGGGAGGUGGCCCGUCAGGUGCUCUUUGCUGGUGGUUCCAGGCUGCCUCGGUCUGAUACCGCUUUUUCCUGUAACUUUUACCCUAAAUAAGCGGGCUCAGGGGGAUUAAAGACGGACGCUUGCGCCGCAGGACGGCGUGUUUAACCGGCACCUGCGACUGUCCCGGAGCUGGUCUUCGAGUGCUUUAAACUAAUCACCUGGAGCCGGUUCACUUUUGGACUGUUUACUAUUCCGCAUGUAAAAUAUCGGUUUUUGGCGCAUAUAUAUUUCAAAAUUUUUAGAGAACCUGUGGAUCUACUGUACUGGAUCGGACCCGAGUUUGGCUCCCCCUAUCUUAUUUACCGGCGGAUUCGUCUUAUCGCGUCUGUGCCCCAGUGCCGGAGCGGCUUCUCCAAUGGCAGCAGGAGCUCAACUGUUUUUGGGACUUUAAGCAGUUUUUUUUUUGUUGUUGUUUUUCUCUAAUGUAUAUUAUAAUACGCGGCGCCCCGUAAUUGUUACCCGCGACUGGAUGCGUAGGUAGAACCACCGCGGUGUGUUUUUUUGUUAUUUUUAUUUUGUGUCUUAUUAUUUAGUGCUGUUUUUAUUUAGUGUUCUGUAAAAAAAAAAGCGCUGCAAAAUGUCGGCAGUGUCUGCGUCGGAGAAGGUGGACGGCUUCACGCGGAAAUCCGUGCGCAAGGCGCAGAGGCAGCAGCGCCGCUCGCAGGGCUCCUCGCAGUUCCGGAGCCAGGGCAGCCUGCCGGAGCUGUGCGAGCUACCGCGGCUCACAGAUGCCUCCUCCACCGAGCAGCAGGAGCUCUUCACCCAGAAGCUUCAGCAGUGCUGCACGCUCUUCGACGACUUUGACUCUGUGUCCGACCUCAAGAGCAAGGAGAUCAAGCGGGCAGCUCUCAGCGAGCUGGUAGAGUACAUGUCCUCCUGCAGGGGUGUACUGGUGGAAUCUAUCUACCCAGACAUCAUUAUUAUGAUAAGCACCAACAUUUUCCGGACGCUGCCUCCGAGCGAGAACCCGGACUUUGACCCAGAGGAGGAUGAACCCACUCUUGAGGCCUCAUGGCCCCACAUACAGCUGGUGUACGACUUUUUCCUGAGGUUUCUGGAAAACCCCGACUUCCAGUCCAGCAUCGCCAAACGUUACAUUGAGCAGAAGUUCGUCCUACAGCUCCUGGAGCUCUUCGACAGCGAGGAUCCCCGGGAGCGUGAAUUCCUCAAGACCAUCCUGCACAGGAUCUACGGCAAGUUCCUGGGCUUGAGAGCCUUCAUCCGGAAGCACAUCAACAACAUCUUCCUAAGGUUCAUCUAUGAGACAGACCACUUCAAUGGGAUAGCAGAGCUUCUGGAGAUCCUGGGGAGCAUCAUCAACGGCUUUGCGCUGCCUCUGAAGGCCGAACACAAGCAGUUCCUGCUGAAGGUCCUCAUUCCCAUGCACACGGCUAAAGGACUGACCCUAUUCCAUGCACAGCUGGCCUAUUGUGUGGUACAGUUUUUGGAAAAGGACUCCACUCUCUCUGAGCCGGUCAUACGAGGUCUGCUGAAAUUUUGGCCAAAAACCUGCAGCCAGAAAGAGGUAAUGUUCCUGGGAGAAAUUGAGGAGGUCCUGGAUGUAAUCGAGCCCACACAGUUCAAAAAGAUCGAAGAGCCUCUCUUCAAGCAGAUCGGCAAAUGUGUGGCCAACCCUCACUUCCAGGUCGCUGAACGAGCGCUAUACUUCUGGAACAACGAGUACAUACUGAGCCUCAUAGAAGAAAAUAUCGAGAACAUCCUGCCAAUCAUGUUCGGCAGCCUGUACCGGAUCUCCAAGGAGCACUGGAACCCUACCAUUGUAGCUCUGGUGUACAGCGUGUUAAAGACGAUGAUGGAGAUGAACAGCACACUGUUCGACGAGCUAACGUCUUCUUACAAGGCUGAAAGGCAGCGGGAGAUGAAGAAGGAGCAGGAGAGGGAGGAGCUGUGGAAGAAGCUGGAUGAUCUGCAGAUCAAGAAGGCACUGGGAGCACAGAGCAACAGCCAUGGUCUGCAGAACCUCCACAGCAACACCAACACCAACAACAGCAAUGAGGGCAACGGCAGCGUGCCGAGCCCCAGCGAAGCGGAACCCAAGCUCAUCAGCACACAAUGACACAGGAUCAGCGUUUGUGAGGACUGUCCAUCGGGAUGGGGUUGGGGGUUUAACAAAAUGACACAACGAAAAAAAACCUCAACCUCACCAGUGUAUUAAAGGAAGCCUGCAGAACAUCCAGUGAGGCCAUCAAUUUUCUGAAAAUUUAUAUAGAGAGACAUAUUUUCGACUUUUCCGAGUAUUUUUGGACAUGAUAGUGUGACCGGUAUGUUGUGUGUUCGAUUCCUGAGAGAUGGAGGCUCGCUCUCUGCCGUCUCACUGAGCAUUAACAUGAACUUUGUCAUAAUGACCGGGCAAGCCGAGCGAAGACUUGAAUUUUUUUUUUAUGUUUUUUUUUCUCUUGGAUUGUGUUGCCUGUAGUUAGGAAUUAAGGGGCUAUUUAAAGACGACGUCCUUCGUCCCGAAUGUGCUUUCGACCUGUGUCUGUUAACGUGGGUGCAGAUGGGAUCUGGGACUUGUUGGUGUGUCUGGGGGUGGGCAGUAGAGUGCACUCUGGGUAUUUUAUAUUUUAAUCUAGUUGGAGGGGGGUGAUUCCUGCUGUAAUAUAUUCAAGAUCUGCAGCUAUAAACUUUUAAGUAUUGAGCAGCGUGAGCUCUGUGAAAUCGAUGAAUGGGCACAGAUUUAAGUAUUUUAAAUAUUUCUUCAAAAAAUAUAUAAAUAAAAGAUUACACAAAGAAGCCCCGAGCCCUGUAUUUUCCAGCACCUUAUGAAGUGUGGUGACGUUACGAAUAGGUUAUUAUUAAAAAGGUUUGUGUGGGGGGGGGGGUCCAUUUUUCUGUGGCCUUUCAGUCAGAGUGCAUCAUUCUGGUCUCUGCCAUAUACCAGUGUCUGCAAAAGCCUUUUUUUAUGGAAACCUUAAGGGUUCAAACUCUGUACAAUAAAGAGAACACUGUGGUUUUGUUUAA